CUUUCGGGCACAGGUCUUCAUACACAUUGGUGUGUCAGAAAUAUGGUACUUAAAAAAAUAAUAAUUAAAAAUGGUCCUGUCAGCUUUUUCCGCGCUAGGAAUAAAGGAGAAAUAAACUGACCUAUAUUAUUCCACCCACCCCCAUUUUGUGUUGCUGGGAGUGAGGCUGAGAGAGAUUGUGGCCAAUACUGGAGGGUGGUGCUGCUUUUCUCCCAUGGAGUAUACGGUACAGUAUACAAAACCGGAUAAUGCGGGGCGACUACAGUAACCAGCAUGCAUCUGGACAAAGACUAUUGGUUUAGAAAACCCUACACCCUCCAGAAUUCACUGACACACAACAUAUGACAUAACAGGAUGGGGCGUGGAAAGAGAAGAGGCUGAGGAAGAGAGUUGUGUUUACAAGGAAAGAAACCUCGGGAAACGAAGAGGUUUUGAACCCUGAACAUGUCCAAAAAACACAGUAAGAAAUCCAGCAAAAAGGAUGACACUUCAGACAGCAAGACAUCCAGUAACAAGAAGUCAUCUUUCUCAGAGAGAAGUAAAAAGAAAUAUGAAGAGGCAGAAAUUGGGAAACAUAAUACAAAAGAGCAUCCAACAAGUCAAAGGUUGGUUGGUAGUACUGGACACACAAAAGCAAAAUGGAGUCUGGACUUCCAAGAUAUUACAAAAAGUUCCCCAAAAGAUACUGUGAAAAACACCAAACAUGUCUCUGGUGCUUUGAUGCCAGCUGAGGACCGUGAAAAGAUCACGAUGCAUUUUAAAAAUAAGACUAAAUGUGUUGGAGAGAGAAGCAAGAUGCUUUCUGCUGCAGCCUUCCCUAGCAAGGGAGUCUCUGACACAGAUGUGUGCUGUGGCCCUGACGUUAAAAGAAGCAAAAGGGAGUUGCAAGAUCUGAGGAUCCUGAAUAGCAGGGAAAAGAACAAAAGGAAGUCUAAAGUGGAGCACAACAAACUGAAAGGAAAAAUUGUGAGAUGCAUGCUGGAGGACUUGAAGGAAACUAUACCUCCAACAGAGUGUUCUUCUCUUCCUAGCAAGAAUCCUUCCAAAUUAUAUGAAUUCAGCAGAAAACAGAACAUUGUAAAAAAGCUAUAUCCUACCUUUUCAACUUUUGAUGACUUCUCAGAUGGUAACUUGCACACACAGGCUUUCAGAGAAGAUAAUCUUGAAACGGCCAAACAUACGUCAUCAGAACUCUCACAUAAAAGUUACAAAGAGAUUCAGCAUGCACCUUCAGAUCACUUGAGCAAACGAUCUAAAUGUUGGAAGUAUCAUAAACUAAAAGAAAAGCAGUGUUCGGAUUCCACCAAGAAUAUGAAUAAUUCACAGACCCAAGGAAAGAAGUCUAAUCCUGUAACAUUUCAUAUGGGUCAGAGAUCUGAAACCCCAUGUCAUUCUUCUGUCUGUGAAGCCAUUGAAAAUACCGAUGCAGACCAAGAGAUGCAGAUUGUGGAAGACUUGCAUGCAGCGCGCAUUGACAAAAAGAUGGCUUUGCCUGUGGUGCAGACUUGUGGAGAGCUGACCAGCAUGGAGAUAGAUCUUCCAGAUGAUGAAGCAAAUAUGUUUGCUAAAUCCCUUUCUGGCCUGAAUACUUUGAUUGUGAUUGAUACCAACAUAAUGAUAAGCCAUCUAGCGUUCAUCCAAUUUUUGAAGAAUACAAGCAUCCCAGGUAUUGGCACAUUUGUGCUUCUAAUUCCCUGGGUGGUUUUGCAAGAACUGGACAACUUAAAGAGAGGGAAAAUAUUGGCAAAUGUUGGUCAGAAAGCAGUCCCUGCAGUUCACUUCAUCUACACUUGCCUGAAAAGCCAAGAUCGAAAGUUGUGGGGACAAUCCAUGCAACUUGCUUCUCAGCAAAUGCAUGGCUUCAGUGCUGAGAACAAUGAUGACCGUGUGUUGCAAUGUUGUCUGCAGUACCAAAACCUCUUUCCUCAAGCUGAAGUUGUAUUAUUAACGGACGAUAAAAACUUGUGCAGCAAAGCCCUGGUGAGUGAAGUAAAGGCCUUUAGUAAAGCAGAUUUCUUUGCUGCACUCGAGAAGCUGUCUGUGAACAGUGCAACUUUAAGCCAAGAUACUUCCAACGCCCAGUUACAAUCAAAAGAAGAUCCAGUGUCCAAGGAGGCUAAGAAUUCUACUGAUCCUCUUUCAAGCAUUAUGCUUGACAUUGAAAAAAGCUUGGGAGAAAUUUUAUCUUUUGUACUGCAAAGAGAGAUGCUGAUUGCUUUUGGAGACCUGUGGACAGAGGUAGUGUAUCGUAAGCCCCCAUGGACAUUAACAGAUUUGCUGGUGUGUUACAAAAAACACUGGAUGGCUGUUUUUGGGCAAAUAAUACCAAGAAGCUUUCUUUCAACCAUUGAAUACCUCUAUAAAGAACUCUGUCCAGCUAAAGUAAUUAACCAUUCAAAAAUUAAGACAGUGCUUCAGCAAUCACAAAUGCUGUUAGAGGCCUUCAGAGCAAGAUCAGACUGUGAUGGUGUCCUUUCGCAAGCUUUAGCUCAGGUGAAUACACUCUUAAAGGUUCUUGAGAAGUCGGGUAUUAGACAAAAUUCUUCAGAUGCUCUCAAAUCUACUUCAGUAAAUGCUGCUUGUGAAAAAAUGGAAGAAGUGUUGUUGCCCCAGCACACUCCAGAAAAAGAGUCACUGCUGCCAGUGUCUUUGACCCAAGGAAACAGGCAUCCAGAAAUUUGGUCUGUCCUUGAAAAUGUCUGGAACACAAUAAACCUGUUCAGUCAUGAAGUUUUCCAGAAGCUGGACCUCAAUACAAUACAUCCCACUCAAAAUGUGUCUUCAUUCAAAGAAGCUUUCUUAGGCUUGCAGAAAUUAAUGGCAGCUGUGAAUGAAAUCCUUGUAGGAAUCCGGCAAGUGUUAAUGCCAAACAGUCGCUUUCAAGACGUCUGGGCCCUCUAUACUUUCUUGACUAAUGAUGAGGUAAACAGUAGUAUAAAAUUUACUGCUGAGGAGCUCUAUGACUGCAUUUCCCAGGAGGUGUACAGGAAGCGGUUAUCAAUUGGAUAUGACCAGCUAGCCCAACUGGAACACCGUAUUAAACAAUGCUAUGAAUCUGUCUGUCAUGAGAACAAAAUCAGGGGAUGGCUUUAAUUCUACAAUCAACUGAAGUUUUUGAAUGAACUUCUAUGGUCCAGCCCAAGAUGGUCAUCCUAGUACUGGUGUAUAGACUGGCAUAACUAGACAGCAUCCUAUGCUCUUCCAGCAGUCAUGUCUAAAGCACAAUAAUAGUAGCAGAAAAGCAUAAAAAUGAUUAUGGCCACUUGCAUGAAGGCCUGAGCCAACAUGGUUGCUAAUCGCAGCAUCUCUCUUCCACAAUGCCCAUAGAAGGCACCAAGCAACAACUGUGACAGUUCUCUGAGAACACCACUUAAUCUAUUCCACACCCUUCCCAUCCACAACCUGUUGCCAGAAGAAGAGCCUGCUGCCUUCGCCACUACAAAUGCUUUAGUUCACUAGGUUCUAUGGCAGCUCAAGCAAGGCUAGUUGCACAGCUGCCCUUUUGCCAGCAAGUAUGCCAGGGCCACAAAGGAAUGCUGUAGCAUUCACCACUUUGGGUACUUUUCGUAGAAAGCAGCAAGCAAAUUUAAGAAACAAAGAAUUGCAAUUGCAACACACAGAGAACUCGUGGGUUCUCCAGGUGAAUGACCCAGAUCCCACUGUGGGAACAAGACCUUUUUGCAAGGGUGAGGGAAAGGAGCUACUUGGACACUCAGGAACGGCAGCUACAACCUCAAGCAAGAUUGUGAGCGACCUAGUAGUACAAUGGGGAGGAAAGCUAGAAGAGAAAUAAGGAUUUGACUUCCCCAGAGAGGUGGAAAUGCAUCCUCUGGAAGGCAAAGUCUUCCCAGGUGUGUGUGUGUGUCUUUGUCUGUAUGUGUGUGCAACAUGCAUAGGGCUGCACUGCAGUUUUCAUUCAUUCAGAAGAAAUGAGAAGUUUAUAUUUUUCAAGCGUUUCUGCUUGGUUUACAAGAAUAGAGUAACUUGCCUCUUUUUGAAGGCUACUCUGUGGGCUGACUUUGAAAAAAAUAAAAAUAUGUUAAAUAAAUAAAAGCCUUGGAGAAAUGUCUUUAAUUUAUGCAAGUGCAAAAAGGUUUUAUGCGUUUGCAUCUUUUUAUAAAAUAAUUUAAAAGGUUUUAAUUAACUCUUUGCUAUUAACUGACUAGUUUUAUUGCUGCUGUUUAAUAUUUUUAAAAAUAUGUUCAUACCAGUGGUGUGGAGCCUCACAUUUCUUAAAAAUUACUUCUUACAAAACUAGACAAAAUGGUAGUACUUAUAAAUAAAGGUAGAUCAAUUUUCUUGAGUUUAAAGAAGCUGUUAUACUGACCCAGCCAAAGUUAAUCUCUCGGUUCUACUGAUUCAGUGGGAGAAUAGAGCAUAUGUCAAUUUUAAAGUAUUCUAACAGUGACUUGCCUUAAUGUUUUUGAGAGUUCAGUAUAGGUAACCUUGCUUGUCCAUGUGUAUAUAAUGUAAUGCUGCAGUAUUCUAAUCUUCUCCUACAUUCUAGUUUCUUUAAACAAAAAAAUAAUAAUCUUUUUGUGCUGUAUUGAUACAGCCAGUGAGGGAUGGGAGGUUUUCUUCUCAGUCGGAAAUGUUACCCAGUGCUUGAGAAAGGUGAAAAACUCUUUCUCCAUUAUGGGUUGCUUUCCACACUCGUUCUUUUCCCAUGGGAUUUGCAGCAUUCAUUUACUCACUCAGUUGUUAUGAAGAAUCCAAAUGACACUGGACCACAUGUUGUGCAGGGCUAUGCUGGCAUUUCUAUUCAGCCUGCACUUGUGUGGGUAUCUAAGGAAACACUGCUGCUCUUGUGCAAUGCUACUUCCAUUCGUUGCAGUCGAAGUAGAGUUUUGCAAGUGUGGUCACGUUGCUUUAGGUAUUUGUACAAGAGUGCCCUUGCACAUGACCGAUGUUUCUGAGCGUACAAUUUCUGGGUUACUUUUAAAAAUUUUCUGCAGCAGCCUGGGCUGAACAUAAACCCUAGUGUAGGCCUUCGCAACAUAUUACUAAACCUUUUGCAUUCGGGUGUUUUCCAUAUUGUCAUUCUGUCUUUUUCCCCAGACCUGGUUUGUAUUGGUUUCUCUGACUCGGAAAUUGCAGAGCCAGUGUGGACUGACACAACGCUAUUGAUCUUUCAUGGGAGGCGUGGUCUGUGAGGCUGGUACGACGAAGCUACUGUUGCCCUUUCCUUUCUGUAAUUCUUAGUUCCACUGCACUCUGCCAUUAUUGUGAAAGUGUGUGUGCACAAAGUUUUUUUUAAAAAAAUAAAAGUACAAUUGUGCUAAUAAAAGUAAAAUAAAAGGUU